AUGGAAGGAGCUGCGCCAAUUUCCACAAAACCAGAAAAUGAAAGUAAAAAGAUGCCGAAUGUUGAAGCUAAAAAGCCUGAAGAUGAACAAACCAUUGACGGAGCUGUACUUUCCACAAAAUCAAAAAGUGAGAAUAAAGAGAUACCGAAUGUUGAGGCCAAAAUAUAUAAAGAUGAACAGACUAAGGAAGGAGCAGCACAUUCGAAAAAACUAGAUAGUAAAAAUAAAGAGAUACCGAAUAUUGAAGGCAAAAUGCCUGUAUAUGAACAGACUAUGGAAGGAGCUGCAGUUUCCACAAAACCAGAAAGUGAAAAUGAAAAGAUACGGGAUGUUGAAGCCAAAAAGCCUGAAGAUGAACAGACCAGGGAAGAAGCUACACUUCCCCCAAAAUCAGGAAGUGAAAAUAAAGAGAUACCAAAUGUUGAAACCAAAAAGCCUGAAGAUGAAGAGACCAUGGAAGGAACUGCGCAUUUCAAAAAAACAGAAAAUGAAAAUAAAGAGAUACCGAAUGUUGAUACCAAAAUGCCUAAAGGUAUAUAG